UUGCUGAAAGUGGAUGCGCGAUAGGCCGAAGCGGCUUGUCAGUUGUGUGAUGUCACAGACGGAACUGUCGUUGCCUCCGUGCGCGCGUGCGUGGUCGGGAGGUUGUCUGCGUGGGGGUGGUUUAUUCAAAAUGGCGGCGCCCUGUUUGACUCGUUGGGGAAGUUAGUCAGCCGGAGUGAAAGUAUCGGUAGUUUGGUCGUUCGAUCCGCUACAUUCGUCGGUUGUUUUCGCCUACGGUGUCUGAAUUGCCCCGCAGACUUUAAGGAAUUGAUUGGGGAGCUGUGUUUGUGCAGGCCGAGCCUGGUGAAGUGGAGGCCGUGCCUCAGCGCUGUCUCAGGUAAAUGAAGGAAAACAAAGAGAACUCCACCCUGACUGCAGCGCUGGCAAAUGUGGACGUUAGGAAGCCAUGCUGGUAUUGGGAUAAGAAGGAUCUGGCACACACUCCAUCCCAGUUGGAAGGACUUGAUCCAGCAACGGAGGCACGCUAUCGUCGAGAGGGUGCCAGGUUUAUAUUUGAUGUGGGAACUCGUCUCGGGUUACAUUAUGACACACUGGCUACUGGAAUCAUCUACUUUCAUCGUUUUUACAUGUUUCAUUCCUUCAAACAGUUUCCAAGAUAUGUCACAGGAGGCUGUUGCCUCUUUCUGGCUGGAAAAGUAGAAGAAACUCCCAAAAAGUGUAAAGAUAUCAUAAAAACUGCUCGAAGCUUGCUGAAUGAUGUGCAGUUUUCCCAAUUUGGAGACGACCCCAAGGAGGAAGUCAUGGUUCUGGAGAGAAUACUGCUACAGACAAUUAAAUUUGACUUGCAGGUCGAACAUCCCUAUCAAUUCUUGCUUAAGUAUGCUAAGCAACUAAAAGUCCAAUUUUCUCUUUCUGCAGGUGAUAAAAACAAACUUCAAAAGCUGGUGCAAAUGGCCUGGACCUUUGUAAAUGACAGUUUGUGCACUAUGCUAUGUCUUCAGUGGGAGCCUGAGAUUAUUGCAGUGGCUGUGAUGUACCUAGCUGGCAGGCUGUGUAAAUUUGAGAUCCAGGAGUGGUCGGCCAAGCCAAUUUACAGGCGAUGGUGGGAGCAGUUUGUACAGGAUGUGCCUGUUGAAUUACUGGAAGAUAUUUGCCAUCAGAUACUGGACCUCUAUUCCCAGGGUCAACAGCAGAUGCCCCAGGCCCCCCAGCACCAGUUAGCAGCCAUUCCGAGCUUAGAGCAACCACUACCACCAGUACAGGUGCAACAGACCAAGAAACUUUCGCCUCAGUCGACACCACCUCGACAGAUCAAACGAGCUGCGGUUGCUUCUCCAAAGGAAGAUGGCAAGACAAUAGGUGAAGUGCCAGAUGACUGGAGGACAGCAAAUGUUGUACCUUUAUUCAAGAAGGGCAACAGGGAAAAGCCAGAUGUACAGCCUUCUAAGAUUCCCAAACUGGAAAAUCCUCAUCCAGCACUUCCACCAGCGAACCAUCCUCCUCCAGAGCGCAAGCCAUCAAUAAGCACGGGGACCACCAUUAUAGAAAGUGAGCCACCUUCCACAGGAAACUCCUCUGAAGUGGCCAAAGCCACCAUCCCACCACCUCUUCUUCCUCCUGCUGCACAUCAACAGCCACAGAUGCCCCAGCGACCGCCACCAUCUGCCGCCUAUAUCAUGGGAAUGUCAACAACUAGCUCUUACAUGUCUGGGGAAGGUUUCCAGAGCUUACAAUCUAUGAUGAAGACUGAGGGACCCUCCUAUGGAAGCAUACCAUCUUAUGGACCACCAACUCAUGUUCCUUACCACCCACAUGUUUAUCCUAAUCCAUCUGUACCUCCACCCACUACUUAUCCACCUAAUAUCCCUCCUCCUACUCCAGGAUAUCCUCCACCAGGGUACAAUCCUACAUUUUUGCCCCCUCCUCGGAUUCCACCUGCCCACACAGUGCCACCUCCUCCAGGACUGGGUCUUCCGCCGACCAGCUACCCUCCCCCUACAGUGCCACCUGGGGGACAACCUCCUGGGCCUCCGCCGCCGCCGCCACCACCACCAGGCCUACCACCUGUAGGUGGCUUGACACGAGGUUGGCUGAGGUAAUGGACAUUUAUUAUCCGGUAAGUGUGGAAUGGCAUUUGGCUUCUUGCAGGGAUCAGUGUGGCCCUGAAGUCAUACGGGGUCCGACAACCAGAUUUACAAUAAUGCAGGUGCCCUUUACCCAAUGACUGUACGUACUUUCCUGCUGAGUUUGCACUGUAUGCUAAGUGCAGAUGAAUGAGUAGCUCAGUUUUUACUAUUGAUCACCCUCUCCUCCUGUCUUCACCCAGCUUUCUUGUCCACUUACACCCCAGUAUGUUCCCGCACCUUGUUCCAUCUGGUGGGUUGUUUGUGGCCACAUUGCACCCAGUCUUGGAGCAGCCAGAGGAAGGUAACUGGGGCAAAAAUCAACAUCCUGUGGAUGCUGGAAAUCUGUAUGCACAAAAAAAAUGCUGGUAAAAUUCAGCAUUUAGAAAAACAGUUAGGUUAGGUGCCUUAAUCUAUUGUGAUGCUUGCAUCCUCAAACAGGCCCUCUUAUCCCAUAAAGUGCUCUGGGUCAAUGUUUUGCUCUCCCAGUACUUUGCUUAAAAGGCCAUUUGUCAACAUGACUGCAAGUGAAGAAGGAAAGCUCGUCGACUUUGGGAAUGAUCUCACCUUUGCCUGAUUCUGCUGUCCACACUUCAGGAGUUACUGUGAAGGGCCCAGAGCUAGGAAGUGACUGACAGUUGUAACACCUUAGUUAUUGCAGCAACGUGGUCCCUGAUACAGUUCAACCUGAUCUCACCUGGUUAGCACAAGUCGGCUGCAUCAAAGAAUCGAUUGCAUUCUUUCUGGUAUUACUGUAUUAUGUUCAUACAAACAAGUAGUUGAAGAUUUUAUUUUUAAAUGGGAAGAUUUGUUACCCUUAAAGUCAAAUUUAUUUCAGGUUAUUAUCUAUUCCUAGCUCCAUUGUUGUUCCAGCCUUCGGAUUGUUCAAUAAAAACGCCAUGUAAGACUGGGCUAUGGAUUUGUGUUGUUGGUAGUGAAAAAGGUGCACAUUGGGGUUAGAAUAACUCCAGUUCCUUUGUGAUAAAUAGAGUCAACAUUUCAAAUUUGACGUGGCAUGUUCCAACUUUUUUUUAUUUAGAUGUUGUUUUGCUGGGUUUUUCAUGAAAAUGUCAGAUGAAUACCCCCAAUUACUAUACUCUGUUCUCUCUAGCUUGAUUGUAGGUUUGUUAACUUCUGGAGCCGCCUUACUUUCUGAUAUCUGUCAGUCUGGGAUUUGAACUCUGGCCCCUGGUUUGAGAAGACACUACCACUGCACUUGUGGUCACCACAUUUAUAUUCCCUUGGAAAUUUCUACUUGCGUUUUUCUAAGUAAAAUAAAAUUGUAUGUGAAUUUUUACUGACUUACAUUACAAGACAAGAUUACAUUGUCAAGUGAUUGUCAUUCCAGUCAAGCUGACAGAUUUAUGCCACUCUGACAAAGGAUGUAGUUAGUUCAACUUCUUGACCCUAUUCUGCCACUUGGUGAUUUCAGUACUGAACUGUUACUUGGUACCCCUUCCUAUAUCACUUCUAUUCAUCAGAAAUCAAUUUAAUUUGGAUUUAAAAGUAACAAUUGAACCAACGUCAAUUGCUACAUGUAGAAAAGAGUUCUGAAUUUCUCCCUUCUCCAGGGUAGUUUGAAAAGCCCAGUUCUUUGUCUAAUCCUAGAUUUUCUAACCAACUGAAAAAAAAAACUUAUUGACUAAUCUAAAUUUUUAUAAUAUCUUGAAAAUAUUGAUCAAAUUACUCCUACCAGUCUCACCAAAGCCAAAUAAGCCUCCUUAAGAUGUCGUCUCUGCAAUUGGAUAAACUGUCUAGUGCGGUCUUGCCGGAGUUUUCAACUGCCAUAGCAUAAAUUCUGUCCCUUGUAUUUCACUCUCCAAGUAUGCAACUGAGUAUUCUAUUAGCCUUUUCAAUUGUUGUUUGUACAUGUAUGUAAUAUUUGAAUAUUUGUAUGACUCAUUGGCAUUUAGAAAGGCACCCAAGAAUCCUUGGGCUUUCUGAAAUAAAAGCAGAAAAUUCUGGAAACACCCAGCUGGUUAGGCAGCAUCUUUGGAAAGAGAAAGAAAGUUAACCUUUUGGGCUGAUGACCCUUCAUUAAAAGAAAUGCUGAAGUUUAUUCUUUUACAGAUGUUGCUUAACGUGCCCAAUGUUUUGGGUCUUACUGUUUUUAUAUCAGAUUUCCAGCAUCUGCAGUUUUUUUUAAAAAGCUUCAUUUUCUCUGGACUUUUAAAUGUAGGAAAGACUUUGUUUCUUGGUCUCAAGAGGAUGGUUCAAUAUUUCCUUACGUGAAAGUGCAUUUUGCCAAUUGGUUUAAAAUUAUUAAAAUGUGUACUGUUAGGACUCUAUUUAUAUUGCUUAAACCACAUCUAUCUUGGCACCAAUGCCAGUUUGAACAUUUAACUUCAAAGAACACAGUUCAAGAUGCAGCACAGAUCAUUGUAGCUAGUUUCUAUCACCACACACUCUACUGUAUUUUGUAGGAAUUUUAUAAUCCGGUUGUUAAUUUGCUUCAGUUCCAUUAAUUUGACUGUCAGUUUUUUUGAGGCAUUUUAUGAGAUGCCUACUGGAAGUUGAUAUAAAUAAAACCUCUCAAAGCUUUCCUGUCCAGGACACUGUUUACCUUUUUUUUCAGUUGUCACAUUCAUUGGACAUGAUAUGCUUCACAAAUUUAUGUUGGUAUACCCAGAUAACUGAUUUUUUUUUAAAUGUUUAGUCACUUGAUUCUAGAUUAUAGACUCCAGUGAUCUCUUGACAACAUGGGCUGAUUGAUCUAUAAUUUCCUAGCAUCCCGUUUUUCAAGUAACAGAGUCACUAUUUUUAGUCUGAAGAAACACUUUCCUAAAAACAAAACUUCUUUGGACAGUUGUCCUUUGGGCACCUCUCAGUGUCAUACUUUAAAAGCUUGAAAUAGAAGCCAUCUGGUCUUGAGAAUUUAAUGCUAUUAUUUUCUUUAUAAUUGUCAUGCUGAGGUCAUUGUCCCAUCUCUGGUUCUCCAGUAACCUGGGGAAUAUCCAGUAUGUUACCCUCCAUCUCCAGUUCCAUUUUUGCAAACUGAAAAUACUUCAGUUAGACAAAUGGGCUUUCCAAUGAGUCAUUGUUUCUUUUGCUUUGCAUUGAUUUAUUCAGUUGUCUGAUAUAACUUUAAAAAAAUCAGUGUAAUUUACUCUGUCUGUAGUAUAUUUGUCUACAGGUUGAAUUAAGUUUAUUUUUCCAAAUAGUGUCAAAGCCUGAAUGUAAUACAUGAGAUUGUACUGUGAGCUGGGCUUUGAUAAUAUUGUACAAUUAGUGGCUAAUACAGCCUAAUAAAUUUGAUAUUGGAGUUAUUGUGGC